UAGUCUGUCACACCGUCACAUCAAUAUUACUAGAGAGUAGAGAUAUUACUGCAAUAUUGUUUUUUUAAUAUUUACGUAGUAAAAGUAGCUAGUUAAUUGAAGAAUCUCCUAGCAGAAGUUUAGGUGGAUAAAACUCGAACAGCAAAACAUGGGAUUGCACUGAAAAUAUCUGCCUACACAGGAUAGUAAAUAUUGAAAGAGAGAGCAGAAUGACUGCAGAGGCGAGGGUGAUGGGCCGACGUUUUGUGCUAACUCUGGUGAUUGGGAUAUCGGCAGGAUUUAGUUUUGCAUACAUACUAUUAACAUCGACAGGAUACCCCCGUGACGUCGUGUGGUCCUCCUACAGGGAAUCCGCGAGAGACCUCGACAAGCACCCGAUAACCGCAAUGAUUGGACAUGGCAGCGACGAGCCAGCUCACAGACACGAGGACAGAACUGUCGCCGACGAGCUGUCCAAGAAGGUCAGGGUGCUGUGUUGGGUGAUGACGCAACCAAACAACCAUAGGAAGAGAGCGGACCACGUGAAGGCAACCUGGGGGAAGAGAUGCAACAAAAUAUUGUUCGUGAGCUCGGAGGAAGACGCCUCACUGCCUACGGUGAAACUACCGGUGCGCGAAGGCCGGGACCACCUGUGGGCGAAGACCAAGGAGGCGUUCCGUUACGUGUACGAGCGACACCGGAGGGACGCAGACUGGUUCCUCAAGGCGGAUGACGACACUUACGUGGUAGUGGAAAAUUUGAGAUACAUGUUGGCUGAUUACAACCCCAAAGAUGCUAUAUACUUUGGGUGCCGUUUCAAGCCGUUUACUAAACAGGGUUACAUGAGCGGUGGGGCGGGCUACGUACUCAGUCGCGCGGCGCUCGACAACUUCGUGAACAAAGCACUGCCCUCCCCUCAUCUGUGUAAGGCCAGCGACGACGGCGCCGAGGACGCGGAGAUCGGCAUAUGUUUGGACAAGAUCGGCGUGAAGGCGAUGGAUUCUCGCGACUCUCUCCACAGAGGGCGUUUCUUCCCGUUUGUGCCGCAGGACCACUUGUUCCCCAACAAGGACAGGGGCUACUGGUACUGGAAGUAUAUCUACUACCCUACGGAUGAGGGGCUGGACUGUUGUUCAGACCACGCUAUAUCGUUUCAUUACGUAGACCCCAAGUUGAUGUAUGUCCUGGACUAUUUAAUUUACCACCUGCGGCCGUUUGGUAUCAAGUUCGGCGAGGAAGAUUUGCCCAGAAUCCUGAGGACGAAUGACACCAAAGAAUUGGAAGUACACUAGUCAAGCCUUUUUAACAAUAUCCUAACACCCUGGUAAGAGAUGAUUGUAAUAUUUAAUAGAUAAAAAUCAAUUGCUGCUCGUUAGUCUCGCUAAAACUGGAGAACGGUUGAACGGAUUUAUCUUAUCUUGGUCUUGAAAUGUUCGUGGAGGUCUAGGGAAGGUUUGAAAGGUGAGAAAAUAUGGAAAAAUUGCGAGGAAGAUAGUAAAAACAUCAAUUUAAUUUUCCCAUAUAAACUGUUCUAUCUCCUUUCCUGUCAAACAUUUGACGUUCGUCCCUUUUGGUACGGUAGACUCGGGUCCGGCAUUUCUUCCAAAUUAUUUUAACCCGUACGAAAGUUUUGAAAAGUUGAUAAUUAAUAUAAUAUAAAUAAUAAAAAUAUCUAAGCAACAAAGCUCUAAUUGGCCUAUCUAUAACUGUAGUUUAAUUAUUGCAACUGGCCUUUAAAGGUUUAGGUUUACUUUCAAAGGAUUAAAAAAUCGUUUAAGAUAUAUUCGAUAAAAUUUCUUUAUCAAUCUCAUUGCAGAACUGCGAUUGUCCAAAUAUUUGAUAUUUAUGAAAUAAGCAUUGUUGGCCGCUACAAUAGUUAUAGUUCCUUUCCUGUAAAAUACGUUACAAAUAUUUGUACAAGUGUAUAGAAUUCAAACAAUCAAACAAUACAGUAGUGUUACAGAAUCGCAACCACUGGUAAUAGUGAACGGUAAUCUUAUCUUAUUUUCAUUGAUCGCAGAAAAAAAAAUCGAUCGGCCAUUGGUGCCAGUAUCUUAAUUGCAUUUGUUCGGAGAGAUUAGAAAGAACCAGGAGGCCUACUCUAAUUUAAAGAAAAACGAUAUUUCGAUCGAAACUUAGCACUUUUCGUAAUACGCUUCUGGUUCAUUUUUAAUUAUAAUAAUAUUCGUCGUCGGAAUAUAUAUUGAGGUCAGUGCCGUCUUUGACCUAUUGGAGGCCCUGGGCAUAUUAGGAUAAUGGGGACCCUAUGACCCCCGUUUGGUGAUUUAACAGGAACUAGGGACUUUGUAUUUGAUCUGAGGAGGGCCCCUAUCGAUCGCGGGGCCCUGGGCACUUGCCCAAAGUGCCCACUGGGAAAGAGGGGUCUGAUUGAGGUGUAUAUUUUUUAUGCCUACUCAAAGAAAGCUUCAAAUUUACGAAAUUAAAUUUCGUUUGAUCUUCGUUAUCGAAAGUUCGUUUCGGAGUAAAAGAGUAGAUUCCCCGAUCUUAAAUUUUGGAUUGUAUUUACCAUAGAAAGUGACAUAUUUUUUGGGUACAAAAACUAAGAAAGCAAGUGCUGUCUUUUGCCAGGGAAGGCUGUUAGUAAGUUUAUCAAUAAAUUUUGCAUAUUUACUUUUGAGGUGUGAAUGAAUCUCAACUUUAUAGUGCUUCGUGUAAGGUGCAAAGUAAAAACUUAAAUCUUUUGUAGCGCCCGUUACGUAAGCUUUUUUAAAUGGCGAAACGGAAGUCUGUUAAUAUAAAAUAAAUAGCUCGUAAGUUUAUAUAAAAGAAAUGUUCUAAACCAUAAUUUUACUUCGAUAUUGUAAGGUAAAGUGUAAUUAUAUAUGACUCUUAUUUUUAUGCUAUAAUUUUGUUAGAGUCUGUGCGGAAAGAGAAUGGGCGUGGCGAAAAACGGAAGUAACAUUAAGAUUUUUAUUUGGCAAUCAAACCCAGCAAUCUAUGAAAUGUCAAAGUUUUGUAUUGAUACG